AUGGCACGUCCUCGGGCACAUUCGGGGGCCGAUGGCCCCAAAGAGCCACACGCGGUUUCGUUGAAAGUGCUCCGGCUAUCGCGGCCUUCCUUGUCCUAUCAGUACCCUCUCCCAGCAUCGAAUGCAAAUAUCUCUGGUAAGGCGUCGUUGAGUUAUCCUUCUGACAACACCGAUGAUCGCUUUAUUCUUACUCCUAACUUGACACUCCCUCCUGCCUUUGGAUCCGCCUAUGUCGGAGAAACAUUCGCGUGUACCCUCAGCGCGAACAAUGAGCUCUCGGAGGAUGACCCCUCGCGCGUCCUCACGUCGGUCCGCAUCGUCGCAGAAAUGCAGACUCCUUCACAAGUCGCAUCGCUGGACCUAGAACCCGCGGAUGAUUCGUCUGCGCAGGACGGGCUACGGAAAGGACAGUCCCUACAAAAGAUCGUUCGCUUUGAUCUCAAAGAGGAGGGGAAUCACAUUUUAGCGGUCAGCGUCAGUUACACGGAAACCCUAAUCGGCUCCGACUCGCAGGCGGCCAGCGGGCGAGUAAGGACAUUCCGCAAACUAUACCAGUUCGUUGCACAACCCUGCCUGAGUGUCCGGACGAAGUCGUCCGAACUGCCGCCGUUGGAGGUUGACAACAAAACUUUGGGACCCUACGGGAAAACUCGAUUGCUCCGAUUUGCUCUCGAGGCACAAUUGGAGAACGUGGGCGAUGGUGCCGUGGUAGUCAAGCAAACAAAACUCAAUCCGAAACCCCCAUUCAGGGCGGUUUCCUUGAACUGGGACCUGGAGCGACCCGAUCAGUCCGAUUCGCAGCCACCUUCCUUGAAUCCACGCGAUGUCCUGCAGGUUGCAUUCCUUGUUGAGCAGGAGGAAGGACAACAGGAAGGGUUGGAGUCUCUGCAGAAAGAUUUGAAACGGGACGGGCGAGCCGUCCUUGGACAACUAUCCAUAGAGUGGAGGGGGGCGAUGGGGGACAAAGGAUUCUUGACCACCGGCAAUCUACUCACGCGACGACGAACAUGAGACUGCCCGUUCUUGCAUGAUAUCAUCAUUCGUGUGGACACCUGGCUCACCAAGGUGAAACAGUUGUGGCUAUGGAGUGAACGCAGUUCGCGCAGUUCCCUGUGUCAGGUGGAUGCACCGAAGGAUGCCAGCGGGCGGAAGCUCUGUCGUUGCCCACGACGCAGCCAAGCUCUCGAUGUUUCACCAGUAUCACGGAUGCAACCGAUGCAGCAGCAGCCACGUCGGAUCCCCCUCCGGUGCUGUUACACGCACUCCCGGGGGUUGUUCAUGUAGCAAUCAGACAGCCAAAAGUACGGGCUAAAUCUACAAGCUUCCGGAUCCG